UCCUAUUUGCCGGGAUCCCAAUCCGUUGAUGGGUUCGCUAAGGCAUGUUGUUUGUUAUGUGUCUGGUCAGGCAGGUCUUCUACGAUAACAGGUAACUCCAAACUCCACAACCACCACCAUCCAUGGCGGCUUUUGCCUUCACACCCAAAAUUCAAAGGCCCCCAAUCCCAGUAGUUUCAUCACCCACCAGAGCUCCUAAACCCAGAACGAGAACUAGAGUCUCACUACAACCAGCCCCAACCUUCUCAGACCCUUUUGUCCUCCAACUAGCAGAAACCCUUGAAGACUCUCUGCCCUCUUCCUCUCCACCACCAUUGCCUCUCCAAAAGCUCAGAGACACCUCGUCCGAGACCCUCCUCUCAACCCCAUGGCCCUCCCGCAAAGAUGAGUCGUUUCGUUUCACGGACACCUCCUUCAUCAGACACUCGCAAAUUAACCCAAUCCCUCAACCUCCUCACUCCUCAGCUCUCUCAGGCAUUUCUUCGAACACCCAGUUCCCCAACCUUGUUAUUGCUGAUGGGUAUGUCGUAAAUUCGGCGAAUUUGUCCGAAUUGCCAAGUGGGGUUUUUGUUGGGAGCUUGUUGGAGCUCUCUGAUGAGAGAAUUAUCAAAAGGGUGUGUGAAUUUGUGUGUAAUUCGGCUGGGGGUGACUUGUUUUGGUCUAUUAAUGGGAUAGGCGCGCCGGAUUUGACGGUGGUGUAUGUUCCGGCGGGGUGUAAGGUAGAGACUCCUGUUUGUUUGAGGUACAUUUCUGUUGAGGGCAGUGACGAGGGGUCAAAUGAACUGCCCGUAUCGAAUCCGAGGGUGUUUGUGUUGGUGGAGAAGGGAGGAGAGAUUCUUAUAGUUGAGGAGUUCCAAGGUAAGGAUGAGAAGAAGAGUUAUUGGACGAAUUCAGUUUUGGAAGUGGUGGUUGAACAAGGCGGGAAGGUUAGGCAUUCAUAUAUUCAGAAUCAGUCUUUAAAUGCUGCUCAUAUAAAGUGGACUUCAGUCCAGCAGGAAUCAGCUAGUGCUUAUGAGCUUGUAGAGGUAAGCAUUGGUGGAAAAUUGAGCCGGCACAAUGUCCAUAUUCAGCAAUUGGGCCCAGACACAGUAACAGAUUUAUCAACAUUGCAUUUGUCUGUUGGUGAUCAAACACAAGAUCUACAUAGUAGACUAGUCUUGGACCAUCCUCGAGGUUAUUCUCGACAACUUCACAAGUGUAUUGUGGCUCAUUCUCUAGGACAAGCUGUGUUUGAUGGGAAUGUAAAAGUCAACAGAUUUGCACAACAGACAGAUGCAGGACAACUAACAAGGAGCCUGCUCCUGGAACCUCGUGCAACAGUGAAUGUAAAACCGAAUCUCCAAAUAAUUGCAGAUGAUGUCAAGUGCUCCCAUGGAGCUGCAAUAAGUGACCUAGAAGAAAGCCAGCUCUUCUACUUCCUGGCACGCGGCAUCAACUUGGAGACGGCUAGAAGGGCUCUUCUCUUCUCCUUUGGAGCCGAGGUGAUAGAACGGCUGCCUUAUUCUUCCAUCAAAAGGGAAGUAGAGAGUCAUAUUAGAGAAGUAUUGGCUCCCACACUUAAAGGGUCCUCAUAGUGUGCUGUGUACAUCUAAGGCAGCUGAAAUUUAUAAUUAUACUUUGAUGCAUUGUUUAGGAGAAUUGAUGGAAAUUCUAGAAAAUUUUGGUCAUGGUGAAAUUUUUACAGCCUAAUGCUUCAUUUGGCACCUGAGCAAUGGGAAGAGAGAAGAAAGGGUGGAGAGAAAUUAUAAUUAUAGCAAAGUUUAAACUCCAUUUGUUGAUACUCUUUUAUUUUUUUUAAAAAAAAGGGGGUAAAAUGCAUGUAUAUCUCUCCCUUUGGUUUAUUACAGUUCAAUUGACACCUUUUGGGUA